UAUAGAUUCAGCUGCUCCUCCUAGCGUACAUGCACGUACACAAAAUUGUUUAUUAGUUUAAACAACCUGUCACUGUGCAGUAUUUAUAUUUGUGCAUUUAUAGGGAAAGAUCUAGAGUUCAUUUAUUGCAGAAUCGUUGCUGUCUUAUCAUCUCAUUAGAGAUUGUACUAAUCGAACUUAUACCAACGUAGAUACAACAUCAAAGCUCUUUCUCUCAUCCAGAAUCCAAAAUCCACAACACACAGCGAUGUCGACGACAAAAAAAGUUACCCUUGAAUUUAAAGGCCUUAUGGCUCCGGUAUUUACAUCGUUUAACGAUGACAAAAAACGAAGCAUUCAAGUGGACAAUAUCGAUGUAUACGCAAGAUUCCUCAAAAAUAAAGGCGUCCAUGGAGUUCUUGUGAAUGGAACAACAGGAGAAGGUCCCGUUUUAAACUUGGCCGAAAGGAAACUAGUUACCGAGAAAUGGUGGGAAGCGUCAAAGAAGCAUGAUUUAACUUUAAUGGUGCAAAUAGGCGGUGCUCCCCUUCCGGAUGUUAUAGAAAUGGCUAUUCAUGCUGAAUCACUUGGUGUCCAUGCUAUUUUGUGUUUACCAGAAUUGUACUUUAAGCCAAAGAACGUUGAAAGUCUGGUUGAAUACUUUAAAUUGAUAGGGAAAUAUUGUCCAAACACACCUUUGCUGUACUAUCAUAUACCCAUGUUCGUUGGACUGAAUUUACAUAUGCCAACUUUUUGUGAUCUCGCCGAAGCUCAAAUUCCCAAUUUUGUUGGCAUCAAAUACACAUCAAACGAUUUAGAUUUAGGAACUGCCUGUCUUAAGCCCGGACGAAACAUUUUCCUCGGAGCCGACACCCUUUUGAUAGCUGGCCUAGUUCUUGGUUUCGAUUCAGCAAUUAUGACUACGCUGAAUAUUUGUCCUGAGUUUUCGAUCAACAUCAUGAAGUGCAUGGAAAAUAACCAAAUUCAAGAAGCUCAACAAUCUCAAAAGGCCUUGACUGGUCGCGUUAAUCAAAUUCUUGCCCAAGGAAACGGCGAAUGGGUGCCAUCAAUGAAGAAGGCAUUCAACAAUCUCAAAUCAGGAGUUUCAGCAGGUCCAGUUCGAGAGUUUCAUGUAUAAUUUCUUGUUAUUUGUUUGCUGAAUAAAUUAAUAAAACAAAAAUAAAAAAACAACAACUAAAUAUUGGAAUAUAUGAUAACAUGAUUUAUGAAUAUAUGCAUGUGGUA